AUGGUACUAAUACUGGGACGCAGACUGAAUAGAGAGGAUAGUGGGAUACGAGAUUCCCCUGCAACCAAGCGGAAAGUUUUUGAAAUGGACCCAAAAUCAUUGUCAGGCCCUGAGUUUUUCGACUUCUCCUCGGGAUCAUCCCACGCUGAAAGCAUUCUCCAGAUCUUCAAUGAAUUUCGAGACAGCCGGUUGUUCACAGAUGUUAUUAUCUGUGUGGAAGGAAGGGAGUUUCCCUGCCACCGAGCGGUUCUCUCAGCCUGCAGCAGCUACUUCAGAGCUAUGUUCUGCAAUGAUCAUCGAGAAAGCAGGGAGAUGUUAGUGGAGAUCAAUGGCAUUUUUGCUGAAGCCAUGGAUUGCUUUUUACAGUAUGUGUACACUGGCAAGGUGAAAAUCACUACCGAGAACGUGCAGUAUCUCUUUGAAACAUCAAGUCUCUUUCAGAUUAGUGUUUUGCGUGACGCCUGUGCCAAGUUCCUGGAGGAACAGCUGGAUCCUUGCAAUUGCCUGGGAAUCCAGCGCUUUGCAGAUACACACUUGCUCUUCACCAAGUGCAGGAAUUUUGCGUUGCAGACAUUUGAGGAUGUGUCCCAGCAUGAAGAAUUCCUCGAGCUGGGGAAGGACGAGCUUAUUGAUUACAUUUGCAGUGAUGAACUGGUGAUCAGUAAGGAAGAGCUGGUGUUUGAAGCUGUCAUGCGCUGGGUGUACCGGGCGGUCGAGUUGCGAAGACCAGUGUUACAUGAACUUUUGACGCACGUCAGGCUGCCGUUGUUACACCCGAACUACUUUGUUCAGACUGUGGAAGUGGACCAGUUGAUUCAGAAUUCUCCAGAGUGCUAUCAGCUGCUGCAUGAAGCCAGGCGAUAUCAUAUUCUUGGAAAUGAGAUGAUGUCUCCUAGAACUAGGCCACGCAGAUCAACUGGUUAUUCUGAGGUGAUAGUUGUUGUUGGAGGCUGUGAACGAGUUGGAGGGUUUAAUUUGCCCUAUACUGAGUGCUACGAUCCUGUAACAGGAGAGUGGAAGUCACUGGCUAAACUUCCAGAGUUUACCAAGUCUGAGUAUGCAGUGUGUGCUCUACGGAAUGAUAUUCUUGUUUCAGGUGGAAGAAUCAAUAGCCGAGAUGUUUGGAUUUAUAACUCUCAACUUAAUAUUUGGAUCAGAGUUGCCUCCUUAAAUAAAGGCAGAUGGCGUCAUAAAAUGGCUGUUCUUCUUGGUAAAGUAUAUGUUGUUGGAGGAUAUGAUGGGCAAAACCGCCUCAGCAGCGUGGAGUGUUACGAUUCGUUUUCUAAUCGAUGGACAGAGGUGGCUCCCCUUAAAGAAGCUGUGAGCUCUCCAGCUGUCACCAGCUGUGUCGGCAAACUGUUUGUGAUCGGGGGUGGUCCUGAUGACAACACGUGUUCUGACAAGGUUCAGUCGUACGAUCCCGAUACUAAUUCUUGGUUGCUCCGUGCAACCAUCCCUAUUGCGAAAAGAUGUAUUACGGCCGUGUCUUUAAACAAUCUGAUCUAUGUUGCUGGUGGGCUCACCAAAGCGAUAUACUGCUAUGAUCCAGUCGAGGACUACUGGAUGCAUGUACAGAAUACAUUCAGCAGACAGGAGAAUUGUGGCAUGUCUGUGUGUAAUGGAAAAAUCUAUAUCCUUGGUGGAAGACGAGAAAACGGUGAAGCCACAGACACUAUUCUUUGUUACGACCCUGCAACGGGCAUUAUCACAGGAGUAGCAGCCAUGCCCAGGCCAGUAUCAUAUCACGGCUGUGUGACGAUUCAUAGAUAUAAUGAAAAAGGCUUUAAACUGUAAUUUUUUUUUCUUGAAAAAAGAAGAUGAUGGCAUGAAUGACUCCAGUGGUCUGCUGCAAGA